AUGAUGUAAUUCACCAGCUUACCAAGGGAAGAAACUCAUCCCUCUACGUCUCUAUUACAUUACGAAAUGGCACAACUUUGAAUGAACAUUAUCAUAAGUUUUCUGUUUUUGAUGAAUCAGACAACUACAGACUCUUUCUUGGAGGACCAGCUACCGGAACCUUGGGUGACAGUAUGUUAGACACGGGGAAUUCUGCCCGUGAUCUGUCUGGGAUGUACUUCAGCACCCCGGACAGAGAUAACGACAGGUGGAGUAGUCACUGUGCUGAUGACUGGGGAGGAGGCUGGUGGUUUAACGCCUGUUACUCCGCCUUCCUCAACGGUCCCUGGUACCCGGGAUCCUGGACCAAUCCAUGGUAUCCAACAGUGAGAUAUGGUAGAGAGAUAAAGGAGACUCUCAUGAUGAUUAAACCUCACUAACUGUGUAAAAAUGUAUGUGACACAAUAUUUAAUCAAUUCUGAGUUUUCUUGUACUUGUACAUACAAAACAAAUAUUUUUAUCAUAAAUGAUCGAAUUGAUGAUAUUACACCAGUCAUUUUGAUGUGUCCGGUCUAUUAGUUUUGUAAAUGAAGUUAUUGAUUUAAUUGCACUAUGUAAUGAAGUUUUGGUUUACAUCUAAACCCGUCAUGUAAUGAUGUUCUGUAUCUAAUCGGAUGGUGAACUUAUUGGAAAAAUACACUUUUCUUAUAUUUCUUGCAUUCAAUGAAUGCAAAAUAAUGAUCUCAGUAUUUAAUUAUAGAAAGAAGUUACUCUUGUUGAAUUAUUGUAAAUAAACCUAUGUACUUAUGGUUGGA